AUGUGGGAGAAGGGAGGAGCAGCCAACUUGCAAUCAAUCAUCGGAUUCUACGAGAUUAUUCUGUUAGUGAAACGUGGUUUGAAUUGCGCUGAACAAAAUGCAUUCGAGAAGAACGUGGGGGUGGCCAUUUUCCGCAAUUCUCAGAUCGGAUUCGAUCUAACCGAAUGCCUGAAACGAAACGAAUCUGGAAGUCUUCUCGACGCUGACGAGAACGGCAUCAAUACUAAUCCCUAUGCACAGUGUAAUAUCAGUCAGUGCAGCCAACAGUCCUAUCAGAAAGGUUCUAAAGGAGUGACUGGUAUGAUUCGAACGGUUGCCACAUUCGUUCGACGUAGCACUGCAGUGGAUUCCGAUUUCAAUGCCGAAGCAGCCAAAGCAAACAAUAGAUUCCAGCUUGUUUCAAAACACAGUGUGAAAGACCUUCAGACCCACGAACUUGUGCUCCAACUGGACCGAUUCCGAACCAGGAUAGAGCGCGGAACCAUUGAUGUGUGGUGGCUGAAGGACGACGGAGGCCUAACAUUACUUUUACCGUAUCUCCUUCAGUUACCUGGCACGUAUUUGGAGGGUGCUCGGAUGCGUGUAUUCCUCGAAGGCGGACGAACUGAUCGUGUAGCGAUGGAGCAGAAACACAUGGCGACCUUGUUACGAGCAUUCCGCGUCGACUGCUCUGACCUCACCGUUAUUAACGGGUUCGAUCUCCCACCGGACAAAGCAACAGUAGAAGAGUUCCGAGAGCUGGUGGCGCCGUUCAAGGAUGGUGGAGCGGAGAAGCGUGAAGCUCUUUCAAUGAUCGUAUAG